UGGUUUGUGGUUAUAGAAGAAUAGAAGAUAGAAGAAAAUUAUUGUAGAUAUCUUUUAUUAAUUAAGCAUUUUUAAAAUCUGCAAAUAUUCUGGAUAUUGCAAAUUCUUAUAUAUUAGAAAAAAAAUAAUAGUUACAAAAUUAUUUAAGGAAUGGGUAAGUACUCAAGCGACUCAGAAAAUGAAAAACGAGGAAAAAUGUCAAACAAAAGUAGAAACAGACGUAGAUCCUCAUCAGAUUCAAGUGAUGAUAAUAUAAAUAAGCGAAGAAAAGACAAAAGGUCUAAUCGAAAUUCAGAGAGUAUAGGUAGAGAAAAGUAUUUGAAGUCUAGAAGAUCUAGAAGUAGUAGCACAUCUACCUAUCGAUCAUCAAAAUCAAAAGGAAGUACAAGCAAUUCUAAAGAGAAAUCUAGAUAUAAAAACCGUAGAAGAUCUAGAUCACGAUCUAGAGGUGCAUACAGGUCACGUAGAUCUAGAUCAAAGUCUUAUAUAAGGGAAUAUGUUAGUAAGCAAAAAAGACAUUCAAGCUCUAGUUCUAGUUCAUCAAGCACAGAUCAAAGUAGAAAUGAAACAAGAACAAAAUUGGCGUAUGAAAAUGAAAAUGUAAAGAUUAAAAAUAGAAAUUCGCCUGACUCUGUUAUAGUAGCUAGUGAGCUAUUGGAUGAAAUUAAUGAGGAUAAAUUUGUUCCCAAAAACUUUUCUUCUAGUAAGUCCAAAAAAGUUCCUGAAAAUAUUGUUAUUGAUUUGAAGAAAAACACUAUUAAAGUACCCGAAUUAGAACCUGUAGAACCUGACAGUAUAUUUCACCACAAUUUGUUUUUAAAUGAAGAAGCAAGAAUAGAAAAAUGGGUGAAAGAGUUAUAUUCUUAUAGGCAAAAAGCAUUACAGCAAGGUUUAAAAAAUAUUACAAAAAUAUGAAUACAAAAUAUGUUUUACUUACAG